AUGGCGAUGAUUAACAUCGGGGCGUCCAACGCCGGGGAUCAAUUCUAUCGAUAUAAAAUGCCAGCCAUUCAGUCGAAAAUAGAGGGUCGAGGCAACGGGAUCAAGACCAACGUGGUGAACCUGGUGGAGGUGUCGAAAGCCCUGGCGCGACCGCCGAUGUACACGCUGAAAUUUUUCGGGAACGAUCUCGGGGCGCUGACGAAGUUCGACGAGAAGAGUGGGCUGGCCAUCGUGAACGGGGCGCACGACGCGGGAAAGCUCGCGCAGAGCCUCGAAGGUUUCAUCAAGCGCUUUGUGCAGUGCUUCUCGUGCGGGAAUCCGGAGACGAUGAUCGAGAUCUCGAAGAGAGAGACUAUUCACUUGAAGUGCAAGGCGUGCGGGGCGCUCUCGGACGUCGAUAUGCGACACAAACUGUGCACGUACAUCUGCAAGAACCCUCCCGAGAUUAAAAAGGAUAAAAAGGAAAAGCAGCUUCGCCGCGCCGAGCGCGAGCGCGAAGAGGCUGGCGCCGCUCUCGAUGCCGAAGAAAGACGACGACGAAAGGCUGAGAAGAAGGAGAAGAAGGAGAAGAAGGAGAAGAAGGAGAAAAAGGAAAAGAAGGAGAAGAAGGAGAAGAAAGAGCACGGUGAAGGCGAAGAUGCUCCGGAAGGCGCCUCCUCCGCUUCCGAAGCUGACGAUGACGACGACGUCGAGUGGCAGACGGAUACCUCCGUCGCCGCCGCGAAGGCGCGUGCCGUCGAGCAGUUGACCGACGGUGCCGCCAGUAUGGUCACCGUUGUUGCCGAGAAGAUGAAGGAUGCCAACAUCGAGGAAGAGAGCUCUGAAGAGGAAGAAGACCCACGAGUGUCCAAACUUCGCGCAUACGCCGCGAAGAACGACGCGGCGAAGACGGCGGAGUAUCUCAUCUCCGAUACGCUCGGUGUUGAAUCCAAGGAGCUCGGUCUCGUCUUUCUUCUUGAGGCCAUCUUUGACGAGGAUGAGCCCAUCCCGCCGCAAAUCAAGGCGAAGAAGGACUUCCUCGUCGCUGCUUGUCCAAGCGAUCAACUUCAGCGCGCUCUCUUGUGCGCUUUCGAGCGCUACGUCACUGAAACUGCUACCUCCGGCUUCAAGGUGUUCUCUCUGAUCCUCAGCACGCUCUACGAGCUCGAUCUCGUCGAGGAAGACAUAAUCAAAAAAUGGAAUGUGGACGUCGACGCCGCCUCAAACAUCGAGGUUGAGCCCAAGGUGGCGCAAGCCGUGCGCAAGCAGGCCGCCAAGUUCAUUGACUGGCUCGAGGAUUCCGAUGACGACGAGGAUAGCGACUAA